AUGGUAUCCGUUUCUUCUGCUGGUGGUCCUCUGCAGAAAAAUCUGUCCUUCCCUUCGCUACAGCCCACCAGCAGCAGCAGUGCUGCACCAGCCGCCUCUCAGCAGCAGCAAACGACAGCCCCAGCAGCAGCAGCAGCAGCAACUGGGACGCUUCUGCCGUCUCCAGAAGCAGCAGCACAGCCGGCCGAAGGCCUUCACCAGCAUUUUUUGGCGCUGCAGCAGUUUCCUCCUGGAGCCCACGCCACCAGCAGCUACAACGGCAGCAGCAGUAGCAGCAGCAGCAGCAGUAGCAGCAUCGACAACAAAAAAGAGGAGGCAGUCACCGCGUCGCCUGCUGUUGCCGCUCACCCUGCAGCAAACAGCAGCAAAGCGCCUCCCCCCUUAACCUUCCCUGCGAACACUGAAAGCCUUGAAGACAGCAGCAAUCUGCGUCCUCGUGGCAGUAGCAACAACAGCAGCAGCAGCAAUACCGCCGAAAGGACAGGAAACAGAAGCAGCGAAAACUGCAGCAGCGGCUUUGACAGCCCUGCCCGCGCUGGGUGCCAACAAGUCAACUGCCCCAUCAGCAGCAGCAGCAGCAGCAGCAGCGGCAGCAACGGCAAAGUGCCGCCCUUUGGCUCUUACGAAGAGGGAACGGCGGCAGCAUGCGGCGCUGCAGCAGCAGCUAUGGUGCAACGCCUUGGGAACUGUCGGGAAAUAGAGGAGAAAACAGAAGAUGAGCCAGAAGCAGCAGCAGCAGCAGCUGCUGCAGAACUCGCUGCUGCUGCUGCUGCUGCUACUGUCCUGAAGCCAUCCCUAGCUGCCAGCUCAGCCGCAGCAGCACCAACAAUUCUGCUCGCAGCUCCAGCGCCCGUAGCAGCAGCAGCAGCAGCAGCAGCAGCUCUUCCCCAAGUAGGCUCACCGCCAGCCCUGGCACAAACAGCAGCAGCAGUGCCAGCAGCGGCAGCAGCAACUUCUGCUGCUGCUGCCCCGGAAAGGCCAUCAGGGGACCCCAAACGCGCGCCACAGCGCGUCAGGCCCGUCUUUAUCUCUCCUCUCUGCUGCGGCUCCAUUCCCGUUUCAGAUAACUCUUCCCAAAGUGACUGCUGUCCUGCUGCUGCUGCUGCUGCUUCCUGGGGGGAAGCACUGGGCGCAGCGCCGCCGGGCGGUGUAGCAGCAAAUGCAUUAGCAGCAGCGGCACCGCCCGCUGCAGCGACGGCAGCAGCAGGCGGAGGGGCUGUGACUCCUCAUGCUGCUUCAGCGGGGCAGCAGCAAAAGGAUUUCACGUUUCACGCUGAAGUUAAGCUGCAGCAGCAGCAACUGUAUGCGCAGCAGCUGCAGCAAACUCAGCCGCAGCAGCAGCUGCCGCUGCAGGCAGAGCCCCCGGCGCCAUUCAUAACAGCCCCAAGUGCUAGGAAUGCAGAAAUAUUGGGGCAGUCAGCGACAGCAGCAACAGCUGAAGCAGCAGCAGCAGCAGCAGUGGCAGCAACAGCAACAGCGACGGCAACAGCCACGGUGACGGCCAAGAACGCGUACGGAGGAGAGCCUCAGCAGCACUGCAUCCAACAGAGGCAACAGCAAAACGCUUCUAGGUACCUUGCUGCCGCAGCUUCUGUUCCAGCAGCACAGCUGCAGCAGUUCGAAGGCCCCCAAGAUCUUCCUGUGGUGGCGCUGCCGAUGCUGCAGCAGACGCAGCGGCCACUGCAGCAAGCCCAACAGCAGCAGCAGCAGCAGCAGCAGUUGCUGCUGCUGCAGCCGAGUCAGCAACAACAGCAGCAGCUCAUUACAACUGUUGCUGUUGGUCGAAACUCCGCAGCUCAAUCUGCACAGCUACGCCCUGCAGCCCCAGCAGCAGCAGCAACAGCAGUAACAGAAGUGAUGGUGGUGCCAACAGCAGCACCGGCACCCUCAGCGCCGGCAGCAGCAGCAGAAACAAAAGCAAAGGAACCACGGGUACCGGGAUCAGCAGCAGCAGCACCUGCUGCUCCUGCUGCAGGAAUAAGUGAAGCAGCUACAGGUGAACGGUCAGGGGGAGACGGCUACGCCGGAGAUGCAAACUCCUUGCGUAAAGCUUCUUCUGCUGCUCCUGUUUCAAAAUCAGCAGCAGCAGCAGCAGCAGCUAUUCACGGACGCCACCACCCUCACCCCAGCUGGGUCUCGGUGCAUCAGGGGACACAGCAGCCCGCGGCCCAGACUGCGCAGCGCGCAGCGCCAGCUGCUGCUGCUGCUGCUGCGAACAGCAGCAGCAAACCGCUGCAGCGAAUGAGAACCCGAGCCGCUGAGCUCCCACGAAGCGCUACCGGAGAGCCCGUCCGCUUUAGCUCCUCGAGGCAGCAGCUGCAGCAGCUGCAGCAGCAGCUGCUUAUGCUCAAGCAGCAGCAGUGCGGUUAUCGGAGUGCAGCAGCAGAGCAGCAGCAGCCGCUCCUGCUGCAGGAGGCGCUUGCUGCUAUUGCUGCUGUGCGCGACGACCUCGUGGGGCAGCUGCCGAAGAAGCUGCAAAGCUCUGAAGGCAGAAUGACCCGGCUAAGAAGCGCAGUCCACACUGCCAGCAGCAGCAGCAGCAGCAGCUGCAGCAAAAAGUUCGUUCCAGCAGCGAGGCAGCCAGCACCUCACACCUUCAGCAGAGUCCAAGGCGCCGGACAUGCUCAUCAUGUCAUUCCUGCUUGCUCUUCUCCCCAGAGUCUGCAGUUAAGGCAGCAGCAGCAGCAGCAUGGGCAGCCAAAGGGAGGUCCACAGCUGCAGCAUCUGCACACCGAUGCGUCGAAGACGUGCUGCUGCACCUGCGGCCAUAUGUGCUGCAUCACGGCCAGAGAAGCCGCAGCUGCUGCAGCAGCUGCUGGUAAGGGUUUGGCGAACACAGCUGCUAGCCCGGAAGCAGCAGCAGCCACGGCAAUAAGAGCAGCAGCUCUAAGUGCUUCUGCUGCUGCAAACAAGGCUCAUUCUGCUGCCCCCAGCAGGCAAGCAAGCCGAAAGCUGUGGGAGGGAGGAGGGCAGGUGGUUGCUGCUGCAGCGGCUGCCGCUGCUAAAGCAGCUGCCGAGGCUGCAGAUGCUGCUGCAGCAGCAGCUGCUGCGCAGGUUGUGCGUUCUGUCACAGCUGCAGCAGCCAGGGAGUUAAUUGCGGCGUCAGGUCGCCCUCCUGGGGCCUUGGUGUCUUCUCUAGAUGAUGUUGCUGCCGCUGCUGCUGCUGCCCCACCGCUCUCUGCUCAGGAGUCUCAUCGGCACUUUGGCUGCUGCGAAGACACAGCGGCAUCACCUGCUGCAGCGGCAGCAAGCAACAGUGCGAGAAGCAACGGCGACAGCAGCAGCAGAAGCAAAGGCGACAACUGCAGCAGCAGCUCCUCUGGAAGAGAUGCUGUCUUCCCCAGGGCUUUGCGGCCCUCCAAGAAAAGGGCUUGGUGCGUUGGCUGUAACUCCCCAGCUCUGCAGCAGCAGCAGCAGCAACAACAGCAGCAACAGCAGCGCAGGCAGCAAAGGCCUAAAAGCGCAUUCACUAACGCGACAGUAACGCCAAAUGCCUGCAGCAAAUACCGCCGGUUUCAGUCAGCGCCACCCUCUCGCCGCACUCCUAGCAGCAGCAGCAGCAGAAGCAACAGCAGAGGAGCAGAAAGAUACGAUGCUGCAACUCCUCUACCGUCAAGACGGCCGCCACCUGCGGGGAGAGAAGCAGAGGCUUGUCGAAGCAGCGCUGCUGCUGCAGCUCCGCGCUCCCCGCAGCAGCAGCGGCAACGGCAGCAGCAGCAGCAGCAACAGCAACAACGACAACAGCAAAUAGCGAAGGCGCCUUCGAAGGAACCGUCCUUUCGGGAUGAGCUCCGCGCGCAGCAGCAGAAGAGGUACGACGCAAAGCUGUCACGGAUGAGGCUGCAGCUGCAGCAGCAGCAGCAACAGCUGCAGCAGCAGCUGCAGCGACACCCAACCCUGCAGCCCCCGUGGAACAGCAGCACUGCUCCUGCAGCACCAGGAGCAACAGCAGCGCCACAAGGUUCUCCGAAACUGCGCACAGCAGCAAAACUGCCCGCAGCUGAAGUCGAGGCAAUCUCGGCAAGGUAG